AUGGAAAAGAGCUGCCAACAACUCUCCCACUCAGAUUACACCGUGGGGUGGAUAUGUGCCCUGCCACGAACUGAGCUGGUCGCCGCGGCUGCUAUGUUGGAUGAAGAACAUCCAGUGCUUCAAGCAGCGGAUCCAAAUGAUUUCAAUUCUUACCUGUUGGGUAGGAUAGGUAACCACAAUGUGGUUAUUGCCUGCUUACCUGCAGAGCAAAAAGGAAAGGUUUCGGCUGCUACAGUUGCGAAAGAUAUGAUCCGAAGCUUCCCGGCCAUCAGGUUUGGUCUGAUGGUUGGUAUCGGAGGUGGCGCCCCUUUGUACAAAUCACAGGAUGAAGACGAAAUUGAACGCAAUGAGUCCGAGAACGGUUCCGAAAGCGCUGAAAGCGAGGACGCAGAUGAACUCCGAGACAUUAGGCUGGGGGACGUGGUGAUCAGCGCGGGAGUUUGUUCGAACUGGGGGCCAACUGAACAAGCCCCGGGAAUCGUGCUCAACGCUAUCUCCAUGCUAGAUGGUCGACAUGCGUGGAAAGGGAACAGAAUUUGCGAAUUCAUGUCCAAGAUGCUUUCAGAAAACCCAGCUAUGGAAAAGAAAUUCAGCCAUCCAGGCUCGGCGAAAGAUAUCCUAUUUCUGGCAGCAGCUCCCCACAUUGAAGGAAAGACAUGCGAGUCAUGCCGGGGCUUGGGGGAUAGGAACCUGGUUAAAAGAAAGAAGCGAUCGGAUACGACACCUCGGAUACACUAUGGAACCAUUGGAUCUGCGGACCAGGUCAUAAUGGACGCCUUUUUGAGGGACAAAUGGGCCAAACAAGAGAAGAUCAAAUGCUUUGAAAUGGAAGCAGCAGGCCUAAUGGAUACAUUGCCCUGUCUUGUAAUCAGAGGCAUCUGUGAUUAUGCCGACUCUCACAAGAACAAGAUUUGGCAGCCGUAUGCGGCAGCUGUCGCGGCAGCUUACGCGAAGGAGCUACUACUUGUCAUUUCUGGACAGAGUGUCAUAAACUUGCCUCCAGUGGAGAAAUUUGGAGAAAAUGUUAUCCAGCGGCUUGAGUCAUGGCGACGAUCGGACGAAGAGGAAAAAUGUCUACAGUCGUUUUUUACCAUGGACUAUGAGUAUCAAAAGAAUCUGAAUCCAGAACGAGAGUUAGGGACAUGUAAUUGGUGUCUUCACAAUGACACCUUUCUCAACUGGCAAAGCAAUGACACAUCUUGCUUGUUAUGGAUCACAGCAGACCCAGGCUGUGGAAAAUCAGUUCUCUCCAAAAGUUUGGUAGACGAACGUCUAUUUGGACUGGAGUCUAGUGACACAACUAUUUGCUACUUCUUUUUCAAAGACGUAUCGCCUGAGGCACGGAGUCCAGCUAGCGCUGUAGCUGCCUUUUUGCACCAGAUUCUUAAGGCCCCACGGGGAUCGAAAGCCAUGAGAUAUGCGCUGCCACCCUAUCGCGAAAGGGCAGGCAAGUUAUCGGAGUGCUUUGAUGCUAUGUGGGAUAUUGUGAAAGAUAUAGCCAAGGAUCCGGAAUGCGGCCGUAUAAUUCUUGUUCUGGAUGCAUUAGACGAAUGUGAACCAACAGAACAGAGAAAACUCGUCAAGAAAAUCAAGGAUCUUGAACUCAGUGAGCAACUUUGUCGGCUCGCUCACCAUCUGAAAAUCAUUGUCACGAGUCGUCCAUAUUGGAACAUCGAGGCCGAGUUUGGCGACCUCAUUGUCAAUGUUCCUAGUAUUCGGUUGAAAGGCGAGAGUCUCUCUGAUGAGCUUCACUUGGAGAUGAAUCAUGUUGUGCGCGCUCGAGUCUCCCGACUUGGCUCUCAAAUUGCAAGUCUUACAACAGGAAAAGAGCUCUUAGAGGGCCUUCUGGCGGCUGAGAAUCGAACAUAUCUCUGGCUGCAUCUCAUUUUUCAAAGAAUCGCGGAAAUGCCGCGAAUCGACAGAAGAUCGGUGAAGAGCUUACUACAAUGUUUGCCUAAGAACGUGGACGAUGUUUACAAUGACAUUCUUUCUAAAGCCAAGGAUCAAAUACAGGCUAAAAGGCUAUUGCAAAUAAUAGUGGCGGCUGUGCGACCACUCUCUGUCCAGGAACUCGGUGUAGCAUUGUUCUUCAGAGAAGACAUCCAAAGCUAUAAAGAUUUGGAACUACAGACUGGAGAGCAACUGAAAACCACAGUCCGAAAUACCUGUGGCCUCUUCAUCCACAUCGUAAAUGAGACCGUUUUCCUGAUUCACCAUUCGGCAAAGGAAUUUUUGUUAUCGCCAAACAACGAGGCGUCUUUGAUCGAAAAAGACUGGAAGUUCUCGAUCUCCAUGUCUGAUUCACAACUCCUCCUUGCCUCUGUCUGCAUAUUUUUUUUGCGACUGAAAGAAUUUGGAAGGAAAAAAAACAUUCCACAGAGGCAUGCUCACCAGUUGACUACUCAGUAUGUCUUCCUUGACUACUCAGCCAAUAACUGGGCGGAACACUUUAGGAACAUGAGUGCUGCCGAUCAACGCAAAUGGUUUCCGUUGUCUUUUGAACUCUUCUCUGUCGAGUCAGAGAGCUGCAUGGACUGGCAAAUUGCCUUCUCUCCAAUUGAGCAUGAUCUACGGCCAAACAGCCUUCAUUUAGCUUCUUAUUUGGGGCUUGAAGAGGCCGUUCGCAAGCUACUUGUUGAUUAUGAUGUCGAUAUUAACAGUGUCACUCUUACUGGCUGCACACCCCUCAGGUUAGCUGUAUCUGCGGGUCAAACAGAGAUUGUGAAGCUUCUUCUAGAAGUUCCUGAUAUUGAUGUUAACUUGAGAGACGGGGACAGCGAAUCACCCCUCUGGGAGGCCAUAUCUAUGGGCCAUACAGAGAUUCUGAAGCUUCUUCUACGCUCUCCUAACAUUGAUAGUAAUAAGACAAGUGUCUGGGAAGACCUCGCACCUCUCCAGUUUGCUAUAUAUGCUGGUUGGACAGAGCUGGUGGAGCUUCUUUUAAGUUCCCCUAGCAUUGACGUUGAUAUGGGAAACCCUGGGAAUAGCUCGAAACUCCUCUGUUUGGCUAUAUCUGAAGGCCAUACCAAGAUUGUGAAGCUUCUCCUAAGUGCUCCUAAUAUCGAGGUUAAUGUGAUAUCUAGAUGGUACGAAAUCCCUCUCUGGUCUGCUAUAUCUGGAGGCAAUACAGAGAUUGUGAAGCUUCUUCUAGAAGCUCCUGAUAUUGAUGUCAAUUUGACACAUAUGGAAGGUGGUUUACCCCUCAGGUUGGCUAUAUCUAUGCGCUAUUCCGAGGCUGUGAAACUUCUUCUAGAAGCUCCUGAUAUUGAUGUCAAUUUGACAAAUAUGGAAGGUGAAUCACCCCUCAGGUUGGCUAUAUCUAUGCGCUAUUCCGAGGCUGUGAAACUUCUUCUAGAAGCUCCUAAUAUUGAUGUCAAUUUGACAAAUACGGAUGGCGAAUCACCCCUCUGGUUGGCUAUAUGGAGGCAGGAUCCCGAGGCUGUGAAACUUCUUCUACAAGCCCCUGGCGUUGAUGUCAAUUUGAUAGAUGGUUGGCACGAAACACCUCUCAUUUUGGCUAUAUCUACGGGCUAUACAGAGGCUACGAAGCUUCUUCUAGAAGCUCCUGAUAUUGAUGUCAAUUUGACAGAUAUGGAAGGUGAAUCACCCCUCCGGUCGGCUAUACGGCGGCACGAUCCCGAGGCUGUGAAACUUCUUCUAGAAGCUCCUAAUAUUGAUGUCAAUUUGAUAAAUGAGAAUGGCGAAUCACCUCUCAGUUUGGCUAUUUCUAUGGGCUAUACAGACACUGUGAAGCUUCUCCUGAGUGCCCCUAACAUCGAUGUUAAUCUGGGAGAUGCUAAAAAUGGAGGAUCACCACUCAAUUUAGCCAUCGAUGAGAAGUAUCUCACAGCCGUGAAGCUUCUUCUAGAAGCUCCUAAUAUUGAUAUCAACUUGGCAAAUAGGGAUGGCAGUCUACCCCUCAGUUUCGCUAUAUGGACGUACUAUCCUGAGGCUGUGAAGUUUCUCCUAGAAGUUCCUGAUGUUAAUGUCAAUUUGAUAGAUAAGGAUGGCGAUGCACCUCUCCAUUUGGCUAUCUAUACGGGCAUAACAGAAACUGUGAAGCUUCUUCUAGAAGCUCCUGAUAUUGAUGUCAAUUUGAUAAAUGCGGAUGGCGAAUCGCCACUUAUUUCGGCUAUAUGGAAGCGCGAUCCCGAGGCUGUGAAACUUCUUCUAGAGGCUCCUCAUAUUGAUGUUAAUUUGACAGAUGAGGAUGGCGAAUCACCCCUCAAGUUUGCUAUCAAUAUGGGUUAUACAGAGGCUGUGAAGCUUCUUCUGGGUGCUCCUAACAUCGAUGUUAAUCUGGGAGAUGCUAAAAAUGGCGAAUCACCCCUCAGUUUAGCCAUACGUAAGGGCUAUCCCGAGGCUGUGAAGCUUCUUCUAGAAGCUUCUGAUAUUAAUGUGAACAUUGAGGAUGACAAAGGCAACGUCUUUCUCAAUUUCGCUCUAUGUUCCGGAAAUGCAGAGGUUGUGAAGCUUCUAGAAGAAGCGCUCGAUAUUGAAAUCAUAUGA